CGACUGGAUGCAGCUGACACUAACAAUUUGAACGAUUUGGUAUUUGUGCGUUUGGCUAGCUAUGGAGGACGAUGUUAAAGAUGCGCCUAGGACUGCGAAUGCCGUGGUGAAUGGUUCUGAUGAGGAUACAACGGAUUCCUUUGGGCAUAUAACCAUGUCUGACGAAAUGCAAAAGGAAUAUGAGGAAACGCUUAGCACAGGGGGGAUUUCUGCUCUGCAGAAGAAGAUCAGCUCAGAGUUGAACCUUUGGCAAAAUAUAAUUAUACGGUUUGCUAUCAUUGGUGAAUCUGGAUCAGGCAAGUCCUCCUUUAUAAAUGCGAUGCUUGGACUAAGUGGCGACGAUCCUACAGCGGCAAAGGUAGGCUGUAAUGAGUGCACGACAGAAGACAUUAUCGUUUACUGACCUUCCUGGUGUAGGAACCCCCAAAUUUCCGAAAGAAUCUUACCUGGAAGCUGUGCAGUUUGAGAGUUUCGACUUCUUCAUAUUGAUUACACAGUGUCGGUUUAAGGAAAAUGACCUUUGGCUGGUUAACGAGAUUGAAAAACGUAAAAAGCAUUUCUAUUUCGUUAGAACCAAAAUAGACGUUGACAUAAGCUCAGACAAAAGAGCCCACCCACGUUCAGACAAUCGAGACAAGCUACUCCAGGAAAUUCGAAGCAACACAGCCGACAAAUUAAAAUCAGCAGGCGUCGGUUCAAGCAAUAUUUUCCUAAUAGACAACUAUGAUACAAGACUGUUUGAUUAUGAAAAAUUGAUGGAAAGACUCAUUGUCGACGCACUCAUAAAACAAUCAUUGAUCUUUUCGAUAUCGGCACUAAGUUCGAACGUACUCAAGGAAAAGGUAGCUACGCUUCGUUCGCGGAUAAAAUACCAGGCACUGCUUGCUUCAAUUGGAUCGCUUACCCCGAUUCCAGGAGUUGGAUUAGCUUGUGAAGUUGCAAUACUCCUGACGGAAGUGAGAUUUUACAAGUUGCAAUUGGGAACAGAUAAGGAAACGAUGGAGCAGCUGGCAGCAAAGAUGGGUAUGUCUCUGGAAUCGUUGUACAAGGACAUCGGUAUGACUUCGCAUUUUAUCUUAGCGUCAAGAGAUGCUUUCUUAGGAUGUAUGCUGAAACCAUUUUGUCUGAAACGUUGGAGAGCCUGCUUAAAGGGAGUAUUCCCAUUUUAGGACACUUAGUGUCUGCAGCGGCUAGCAUUCCUGCUUGUUUCUAUACAUUAAACCGUUUGCUGAACAUGUGCGAAAAAGAGGCUCAGAAUGUGAACAAAGCGUUCGAGCAAUGGGUGGUAAACCAAACAAGUACCUCAAUCGAGUGACUUUAAUAGGAUUCACAAUGCCAAACAUACACUUGUACAAUGUAUCGUGUUUAUUAGUUUACCAGUUUGUGUUUACAAACCGCUGCUCUGUUGAAUUAAUCAUAUCACCAUAUUUUCUUUAUGGUAGACAUAAGAACAAGUACAUUUAAACCGUCAAUCAGC